AUGGAACAGUUUGAUGACCCAGAAAGCUGUAAAAUUACGCUUCUGGACGACUCGAGAUCGAAGUUGAGAAGAUUGUCAGACUCAGUUUACAUAGACGCGACAACAGACUCCGAGGAGAAUAAUUUCAGGUCGGAGAAUGAAGGAGUCCUGAAGCCAACGAACAGGAGCACGAAAACUGCUAAAAGAGUGGACACGCCGUACUAUUUUGACCGCGAUGAACUUAUAAUCAAGACCAUAGAAAGUAUAAAAGCACAGUCAUAG